UGUUUUUCAACAUGAAAGGCUGCAUGACUUUGGUCGUCUGUGCGGCAGCCGUCACUGCGUGGACGGUCUCUGCAGAUGCCAAGGACUUAUCCAUCACCACUAUAAAGGAGGAUCCGUACAUCAUGAGCAGAGGCUCUGAGCUGGAGGGUUACUGCAUCGACCUGCUCUCUGAACUCUCCAAGCAGCUCGACAGCUUUAAAUACAACGUGCACCUGGUCAAGGACGGUCGCUAUGGCGCCGUGGACCCCAGCGGCACCUGGAACGGCAUGAUCGGGGAGAUCGUCAGAGGGGAGGCAGACCUGGCCGUGGCUCCGCUGACCCUCACUGCGGUCAGAGAGCGAGCUGUGGACAUGACCACGCCCUUCAUACAGACAGGACUGAGCUUCAUUCUGCGUCGGGACCUGGUUUGUGAGGAGAGCAGCUUCAGUCUGCUGUCGCCUUUCUCCACCGACAUGUGGGUCGGGAUCCUGGUGGCGUUCCUGCUCACCGGACUCUGCAUUUUCCUGGUGGGCAGGAUCAGUCCCACUGAAUGGGCUGAGCCUGGUGCAGAGGAGCACAGCUUCACUCUGCUGCACAGCUUCUGGUACGUCGCAGGAGCGCUCACCCUGCAAGGUGCUGGACCUCACCCGAAAGGCCUGUCUGGACGUGUCGUCAGCGCCAUCUGGUGGCUGUUUGCUGUGAUGCUGCUCGCCUGCUACUUUGCCAACUUCAACUCAGCGAUGCACUCCACCAGCAAACACAACUCCAUCAACAGCUUCGAGGAUCUCGCCAACCAGGACGUGGUUGAAUAUGGAACCAUCGAUGGAGGAUCCUCCAAACUCUUUUUUAAGAACUCUAAGAACUCUUUGUAUCAGCGGAUUUAUGACCAAAUGGAGCGAAAGAAGAGCUUCGUGUCCAGCACGACAGAAGGCGUUCGUCGGGCCCAGGAGGGAAACUUCGCCUUCAUCGGUGAAGAAGUGUCCUUGGACAUGAUCGUCGCUCGCUACUGCGAUCUGGUCCGAGCGCAGAGCGUCAUCGGUAUGAGAGGCUACUCCAUCGCAGCACCUCAGGGUUCUCCUCUGGUGAAGAACCUCACCAUAGCCAUCCUCAAACUGAGCGAGUUGGGCGUCCUCACACACCUGCGACACAAGUGGUGGGCCAGCAGCUGUGAGGGGGGCGACAGAGCCCAGACCUCCGAGGCCCUGAAGCCCCACGACCUCAGGGGCCUCUUCCUCCUCCUCGGCCUGGGACUGGGUGUUGGUCUGCUGCUGGCUCUGCUCGAGCUCAUGUCCAGGGCCCGCAGCCAAGCAAAGGACAGCAAGAAAUCGUGCUGCUCGGUGCUGACGGCAGAGCUGAGCCAGAGGUUUGGCCGCAGAGGAGCGAGCGCGGAGCAGGACGACGCAGACAAGAGCAAAGCCUGAAGGGAAACGUUUACACGUUAGCUUUUGAUGAGGUAGCUUCUGUCCUCCUUCAAACACCUGCUGUGUUUCUGUAGUUACAGCCACAUCUCUCUCUCUCUCUCUCUCUCUCUCUCUCUCUGAGUGUUUGUCUUUUUUAAUAGAACGCAUUUUCAGUUUCCACAGAUCAGCAAAACCAAGAGACAUAGAGCUUGUUGUCAGACGUCCACGUCCCCCUCCUCACUACUAAUGUAUGGGUUUUUAAGGAAUGAUAGACUCGCUGUAAAACCCUUUUUGUAUUUGCUUUCAUUUUCCAAAUAAAUGGUCCAGUAUUGAA